GACAACGGCAACAUGGCCCUGAACGGUGCUGAGGUUGACGAUUUCUCUUGGGAGCCUCCGACUGAAGCGGAGACGAAGGUCCUGCAGGCGCGGCGAGAACGGCAGGAUCGCAUCUCCCGACUCAUGGGCGACUAUCUGCUGCGCGGUUACCGCAUGCUGGGCGAGACGUGCUCGGACUGCGGGACGAUCCUCCUCCAAGACAAACAGCGGAAAAUCUACUGCGUGGCUUGUCAGGAGCUCGACUCAGACGUGGAUAAAGAUAAUCCGGCUCUGAAUCCCCAGGCUGCCCUGUCUCAGGCUCGGGAGCAUCAGCUGGCCUCUGCCUCGGAGCCCCCCUCGGGCUCCCGGCCCGCCCCUCAGCCCCCAGUACCCCGCCCAGAGCACUGUGAGGGAGCUGCAGCAGGGCUCAAAGCUGCCCAGGGGCCACCCCCUCCUGCAGCGCCCCCAAAUGCAGACAUCUUGGCCUGCACACAGACGGCCCUCCUGCAGAAGCUGACCUGGGCCUCAGCUGAGCUGGGCUCCAGCACCUCCCUGGAGACCAGCAUCCAGCUGUGCAGCCUGAUCCGGGCUUGUGCUGAGGCUCUGCAAAGCCUGCAGCGGCUGCAGCACUGAAAGAAACCCCUGAGAAAAACCUCUAG